AAAAACCCUAAUCUUGCAAUUCACCUACCCGCUGCACAUGUCUCUCUUCUCUCUUGCUCCACUCGUCGAUUCCAAACGUCCAACAAAAUCACUCUUGGUCCCGUCCGCCAUUUCCAAGCUUGCAGAGUUCGCCAUCUCCUUUAAUCAAUUCACCUCUAAAUUGCUAGCUAGUUGUAAGUUGCUCCGUCGAGCCCGCUCCGCUGUUUCCAUUUCGAAGGUUCGAGUUCCGCUUCCAAUCCAGAUUGUCGAAGCUUCCAGUUCCAGGCUCCAACAACUCUCUCUCUCAGCAAUUUCGCAUAAAUUGGAUACGGGUAAUUUUUUUAAAUUUGUUUGUACCCUAAAAGUCCAUGAAAAACAUGGUGAAAGCCUUAAGUCGAGUCUGUUGGAAUAGGAAUAGGAUUACGAUUUGAACACCAAAGAAAAUGAAUGAUACAAAAGAAAAAAAUGUAGGCUUAAUGCGUAACCACAGAAACAUUUCUUGUAUGUAAACAAAUACUCACAGAACUUAAUGCGUAACCACAGAAACAUUUCGUCGAACAGUUGGCAGGCAAGAAACCUGAAAGCCGGCAGUGGCAUUGAUGCAUUGUCUGUCAAUACAAUAAUUUUUCUUCGUUUUAUAUUAACGUUAAGAACAAAUCAGACCUUUAUAGAACACCAUUAGAGAAGAAACAUUGACAGGCCUACCCGUAUGAAACAUCCUAUGUACGGCUGGACCAAGAAACAAAUAUUUCAAACUCCUCAAAACAUCAAAGAACAGGAACAGUUGAGCUCAAUUCUGUUGCUCCUUCGGUGUAAUAUUUCAUAUUUGAGGUACCUUUUCUAGCUAACAUCUAUAAAGGUUGUCCAAUUUGUGAUUUCGAAAUUGAGCUGAUAUUCUGUUGCAUAUUUCAGAUUUAUUUCCUUAAUUAGUUGCAUUUCUUGAUGGUAUUUUUUCGCAUAUCAUUUCUCAGUUUACUUGUCGCAGAUUGGUGGAAAAGUAUAGUUUAGGGUUUGCUGAUAUGAUGUAUCUGAAAGAGGGAUGUUCAUUGCUGCUGAAAGUUCAUAAGCCCUCGAUCCCUUUUGUCCUGAAUGCUAGUCCAAUACUUGGUGUGAAUCAAGAAAAUGAUGAAAUUAGGAAAAACCCAAGAACCCUUAAAGAAUCUGAUGUUUUGAAGAGAUUAAGAGGUGAACGUGAUACUUAUUUAGCUUUAGAGUACUUUAAGUAUGUAGCCAAUGUAGAAUCCUUCAAGCACACAACUUUAACUUACCAAAUGAUGAUUGAGAAACUGGGGCAAAAGCACGAGAUGGAUGGUGUUCAGUACCUUUUGCAGCAAAUGAAGUUGGAAGGAGUUAAUUGUUCUGAGGGUAUAUUCAUUAGUGUGAUGGAUUCUUAUAGGCGGGCUGGGGCAGCUGAGCAAGCACUGAAAACAUUUUAUAGGAUACAGGAUUUUGGCUUUAAAGUGACUGUGAGGAUUUAUAAUCAUUUGUUGGAUGCGUUGCUUUGUGAGAACCAAUUUCAUAUGAUUAAUCCUGUCUAUAACAAUAUGAAGAAAGAUGGCUUGGAGCCGAAUGUUUACACGUACAAUAUUCUUUUGAAGGCAUUGUGUAAGAAUAAUAGGGUGGAUGGGGCUUGUAAGUUGCUUGUGGAAAUGUCAAAUAAGGGAUGUUCUCCGGAUGUGGUGAGCUAUACAACAAUAGUGUCAUCUUUGUGUAAGAUUGGUAGUACUAAAGAUGCAAGAAAACUGGCCUUGAAUUAUACACCUAGUGUUCCAGCUUAUAAUGCUCUUAUAAAUGGGUUCUGCCGGGAAUGCAAUUUUAGAGAGGCGUUUGAGUUGAUGAACGACAUGUUGGAUAAGGGACUUAGACCUAAUGUUGUCACGUAUACAACAUUACUCAAUGCCAUGUGUGAUGUUGGUAAUUUUGAGCUUUCUUUUGCUAUGUUGGGGAAAAUGUUUGUGAGUGGAUGUAGUCCGAAUAUUCAGACUUUAACUUGUUUGAUAAAAGGACUUUCUUUAAAAGGAAGGGUACAUGAAGCUCUUGCUGUAUGGAACCAAAUUACCAGGGAGGGGUUAUUACCCAAUGUUGUCACAUAUAACACAUUAAUACAUGGUCUUUGCUUUGUUGGGAAUUUGUCCGAAGCUUUGUGUCUUCUUAACCAGAUGGAGAGAUAUGGCUACCUUCCCAAUGUGACAACCUUUAGUACACUCAUUGAUGGAUAUGCAAAAUUUGGAGAUCUAUGGGGUGCAUCUGAGAUAUGGAACAAGAUGAUAACGUCUGGUUGUCCCCCAAAUGUUGUGGUAUAUACCUCCAUGGUGGAUGUGCUUUGUAGAAACUUCAUGUUUGACAGAGCUUAUAAUCUGAUAGAGAAAAUGGCAAUGGAAAAUUGUCCGCCAAACACUAUUACAUUCAAUGUCUUUAUCAAACAUCUGUGCACCAGUGGUAGAGUAGAUCAGGCUAUGGAAUUGUUUGAUAAAAUGGAACACUAUGGAUGUGCAUGUAAUAUCACGACAUACAAUGAACUUUUGGGUGGUCUGUUCAAAAUUAACAACUUCAGACUUGCAUUUGAGCUUCUUGUGGAUAUGGAGAGAAACGGAAUUGAGUUUAAUAUAGUGACAUACAACAAUAUUGUAAACGGCCUUUCUCGUGCAGGCAUGUUUGAGGUGGCCCUGAUGUUUGUUGGAAAAUUGUUGGUGAAGGGAAUAAAACCUGAUACUUUCACGUUGAAUAUUGUAAUCAAUGGCUACUGUAAGUGUGGUAAGGUUGAGUCAGCUAUUAAGCUUCUAGACACCAUGAGUUCUGUAGGUUGCAAUCCAGAUUUAGUUACAUUUACCAGUCUCAUCUGUGGAAUCUGUGAGACAAUUGGUUUAGAUUUAGCCAGUGUUUAUCUUCAGAGGAUGAUAGAAAAAGGAAUCUGUCCUAAUAUUUCUAUAUGGAACUUCUUGGUGCGAUGGUUAUUUAGGAAGCUAGGCUAUGAUGCAUCACUGACACAUUUUAAUAAUGUUAUGGAUGGUAGACUGGAAGAAACAGAGCUUCAGUUUCAAACUAAAGUAUGACUAAAGGCGAGUAGUUGCUAGAAGUCAGUUCCAAAACCAAGAUAGGUUUUGAUUGAGUAUUUGAGUAAUUGUGGAGAUACCACUAUGGAGCUUAGAAGGUUAUGCAAGGAAAUUUUGGAGACUUAGAUAUUUCCCAAGUGAAGGCACUUGUUGAAGUUAAAGCAACAUGGAGCUUCAGUUAAAUCCCUUUUAUCUAGAUGAGAAAUGGUAGAGGUUGCUAUGAAACAAGAUGUCAGCUUUUUCACAGUUGAUAGCCUCCUAUGAAAGAGUAUUUUGGGGUUGGUUCCUUCUUAUAUCCGGCGCAGUUUCCUUUUGUGGGUUCCUUUUCGCCGCUGUUGGCUCAAAGCUUCUUCCACCAUCAGGGAAUUCUCUCAUUUCUGCCAUACUGAAUGAUAGGUACUAUUGCCUCUUGGUGCCCUUAACGCCUCCAAUCCUUCUUAUUGCAGUCUACUUCCACUGGCUGUGUAUGAAAUUGUUCAAGCAUGCAUAACCUCAUGAUCAUUAACUCAGGAAUCUAUAGAUUAGGAUUGAAAUCCACUCCAACAUUUCAUUGAGGAAGACAGGGGGGAAGAAACUAUUACAAGAGACAUGGAGACAAAAGCAGACAAAGAAAACGUCAACAGCUUUUUAGUUGGUUCUGUUCCAACGGUCAUUUACCUCCCCGAUUUCAUUACUGAUGAAGAAGAGCAGCACCUUCUCAACACUAUUUAUACAGCCCCCGUUUCCAAGUGGAAAGUUUUGAAGAAUAGGAGACUCCAAAACUGGGGAGGCAUUGUGCAUGAGAAGGGUCUUCUUGCUCAAGAUUUGCCCACGUGGCUGACAAGAAUUACUGCUAGGAUAUACGAGAAAUCUGGAUUGUUUCCUUCAGCAAUUAAUCAUGUACUCAUUAAUGAGUACCUUCCUGACCAGGGAAUAAUGCCACACCAGGAUGGACCUGCUUAUUUUCCCGUCGUGGCAAUUUUGUCUCUUGGAUCGCCAGUUGUCAUGGACUUUACUCCUCACCCAAGUUUGCAACUUUCUACAGAACCACUGGAGAAUAAGGAAACUCAAAACAACACAGCUAAUGAAGGGCCCAUGCUGAUGAAUACUGAUAGAUCCUCUGAUAAACAUCCACCAUUCUCUGUAGUAUUGAUGCCCCGUAGUUUGCUUAUAUUUAAAGAUGAGGCAUACUCAGACUACUUGCAUGGAAUAAAAGAUCAGGAGUAUCAGCAGUUUGACAAGGCUGUUAAUAUUCCUCAGAUUACAAAAAGCCUUGCACUGAUCCAAUCUGCAGCACGCCCAGAGGAAGAAAUUGACAGAAAUGAAACAAGAUGUGAAAAACUAAUUCAUAGGACUGCUACCAGAAUUUCCUUGACGUGCAGAGUAGUGACUAAAGUCCAGAGAAAUUUGUUCAAGUUUUAGGGCUCUCUUGUUGGAGAGAAUUUCAAUUUUGGAUAUCUGUGGGCUACAGUUUGGAUUUAUGGUGCAAGAAUUUUUGGUCUCAACUCGGUCGUACUUCUGCAAGUUGUGGUUGCAUAUGAUUUCCUGGCUGUAAAGAUGAGUAGAGUUUCAGCAUUGACGUAAAUAGUUGUUGCA